AUGAACGCAAUAAAUGAUUAACGAUUAUACAAUAAAUUAUAAUAAUGUUCUGUUGCCUACGUUUUUAAUAUUUUACGUCGUGCCGUGCCAUUGUGACAGUACAGAAUUUGACUUCAUACCUUUAUUUUUCGGUUUUAUUAUUUUACAUUCUGUGUCACUUUGUAUAGUCGUCCGCUCGAGUUUUUGCGAACAUUCUUCCGUAUACCUUAAAUACAUUUGCAACGCAUUAACCGUUGAGUGCGAUAUGAUUUAAUGAUUUAAUUUAAUUUUAUAAUAAUAUAAUAUACUUAUCAUCUACGCCGUAGGUACACGUUUACUACAUCGACGAAUUAUGAACCAUUUUCAUCAUUAUGCAGUUGUGUUCGUCUUUUUAACAGCGUGCAACUAUAUUGUGCACGGGUACGUGGGUGCUCUCAACCUAAGAAAUUAUCAUGUGGAAACAUUGAACCAAAUACUUGAUAACUACGACCCAUCUACGUACGAUAUCGUGUAUCUGCAGAACUACAGAGGCCUUUGUAGGAAAAAACGGGGAUUUUUCUCGUUGAAAAUCCCGUCGCUGUUUGGCGGCGGAUCCGUUGAUGAAGGCAAGGAAGUAAUUGCAGAUACGACGACCGCUUCGAACGCCGACACCACGACCAACACUGUUGCCGCCUAUAUGGCUUCGACUGCAGCGAAUGUCGAGGAGAUCUACAACGGGUUGCUGAACGCAGGCCAAUCACAAGCGACGCACAUCUUGAGCAUCGGGACGGACGCGAGGAGAACCUUGGUUGAGGUCGCCCCGUACCUUCCACUGGUGAACAAGGUGGCCACGCAUAUCGUGCCCGACUUGUCAGAGCACGACGUACUCACGUUGUCUGUGAAUGUGGCGGCACUCACCACUCAAGGGAUCAUGAACUACGCGAAUGCCAAACCUCCGACCAAAUCCAAUAUCGGCGAUUCUAUUAGUGAAUAUGCGACAGGUAUUUUCCACAAGUUGAAAGAUGUUUUUAAAUCUCAUCUCGGAGACGACGUUCCGGAUAAUUCCCCAGACAAAGAAAACAUCAAUUCGUCGGAAGAAAAGCACAGUAUAUUCGAUACAGUGAAAAGCAAAAUGAGUAUUUUUAGUAGUUUUAUGAAUGGCUUUAACGCACCCGAAACUGAUAAAAAUAAAAACCAAGUCGAGACGAUAGUAACACAAACGUAUAUAGACAGUUCUCAAACCCCUACAACCGAGACAAUCGUAACGAAAAAGUAUGAAAAAGGCGUUGAAUCGAUACAUCAAAUAACAGAUGGUGAAACAAAACAUGUUAUAUUAUCCAAUAAACUUUUAAAAGAUGGAAAACAAAGUGUUAAUAAUGUAAUAACUGAGAUGAAAAAUGAGUUCGACACCAACGAAAACUUAUCUAAUGAAAAUAAUGAAUUAGACGAUGAUGAGGAUUUAGAACCUUACAAUAACGAUAAUGUUGAUGGAAACAAUUCAGGCGAUGAUGAGAACACGAGCAACGACGAUGACGAUGACGAUGACGAUGACGAUGAAAACAAUAACGUCGAAGUAGACGGAGAAGAUUUUAAACUAGUUUUGCAAGAAUCUAUGACUAUACAGCCUGAAUUUGUACAAAAACUUGAUGGCAAGGAGUUGCUGGAAAAAAUUGAUGAAUUUCAAAAAUUGGUACCAAAACCAAACACUAACAAUCGAAAAGUAUUUGAAGCAUUAAUAGAGGAAUUGGAUAUUGAUGAACGUGUUGAUGAUGAUGAUAAAGUAAAUGAAUUAAUCAACGGUCUCGACAAAACUACAAACUAUUUAAUAUCUAGCGGAAUUGAAAGAAAUGAAUUAUUGACAAAUCUACCCACAUUACCACCGAAUUAAGUGUUAAAAUCAAUUGUAAUUAAUGUCGCUCGUUUUACAUUUUAAUUUACAUCAAAUACCAUAUAAAAACUAUUAAAAACAAAAGUUUUAUUUUUAUAAUUAAGUUUUUAUUUAAGUAUUAGGUACCUACAAGCAUAAAUGUAUUUAUAUAAUAUAUUACCUUUAUUCGCAUAACAUUUUAUUAUAUGAUAUUUUAAUUUAUACUUGUCUUGUCUAGUAUACUGUUUUAAAAUAAGUUAUUUAAAAUUAAAUAAAUUAUAAAUCCAACUAAU